CCUCCGGGCUGGCCGUAGUGUUUGUACAAACUGCGGAGUAAGCUUUCCGUCAAACAUGUACGUGCUGAUCGUGCUUUCCCGGACAAACAAACCAUGUUUCACCACAGACUGGCAUUUAUUAACAGAUCUGAAGUGCGGAAAGUCAUCGUUGCAUUUCGCGAGAAACGCCUGCUCUCAUUUGAUUUCUGAAUGGGUUUACUGAAUGCAAGUCAGCUCGCGGUCAGAGCUGCCAGAUGCUGCCUGAGCCCCCUUUCAACAUCAAAAUCAUGGCUCUCCACCAAAACCGCCCCCCUGGGCGACAAGAACAUCCUGCUCAUGGGUCCUCCUGGAGCAGGGAAGACCACAGUGGGGAAGAUCGUGGCCCACAAACUGGGCCUGCCGCUGGUAGACGUCGACGAUGACGUCUUGGAGGCGACGUGGAAGAUGCCGGUCGCUGCCAAGCUGGCAGCGGUGGGUGGAAAGCGUUUCUUGGAGGAAGAAGGUCAAGCUUUGUGCAACUUCUCUGCUUCUGGGUGUGUCGUUUCCCUGACGGGCUCCAACCCUCUCCACGAUGAGGCGAUGCAGCACGUCAAGCAGGGCGGGCUGGUCGUCUACCUGGACGUGGACGGCGAGGACAUCAUACAGAGGCUCACCAGGAUGAAGGUGAACAGGGUAGUAGGCCAGGAGGCGGGGGUCUCUAUGAGGGACAUCCUGCUCUACAGGAAACAGUUUUAUGAGAAGUGGCUGGAUGUGAGGGUUUUGUGUGGAACGGGAGACACGGUGGAGGAAGUAGCGGAGAAGGUGCUGAAAGCUGUGAGGAGAUAUGAGAACCGUGAUGAGGAAACCUUUGUGUCAACCAGGUGUGACAGCGCAGGACGGUCCAAUCAGAAAAGCUACUUUAGUGAUGUGGUUGUUGAGGGUCUGGCUGCAGAUGGAGGCCUGUAUGUUCCCAAAAAUGGCUUCCCAAAGCUUGAUGCACGUGAAUGGCUGAGAUUAGCCGCUAUGUCAUACCAAGAACGAGCUUUAGUUUUGCUUGAAAAGUGCAUCCACCCGCUGGACGUCUCUGCUUUGGAUCUCAGAACGAUGAUAUUUAAAGCGUACGGGUCAAACUUUUCUAGUGAGGCCGUUGCUCCUGUGAAGCACCUCAUGCACAAUCAGUACAUUCAGGAGCUUUUUCAUGGCCCCACCGCCUCCUUUAAGGACCUGGCCUUGCAGCUGAUGCCUCAACUCUUCGCCUACUGCCUCCCACCCAUGUGCAACUACCUCAUCCUGGUGGCCACGUCCGGAGACACUGGCAGCGCCGUCCUCAGCGGCUUCAGCAGGCUGAGCGGCGUUGACAGACACCGGACCGGCGUGCUGGUGUUCUUCCCGGAGGAGGGAGUGAGUGAGAUUCAGAAGCUCCAGAUGACGAGCUACAGGGAGGGAAACGCCAGAGCCGUCAGCGUCCUGUCAGACUUCGACUUCUGUCAGAGAACCAUCAAGAGGAUGUUUGGAGAGUCGGGGCUGACCGGGCAUCUGGCUGUGGAGUACGGCACCGUCCUCAGCACCGCCAACUCCAUCAACUGGGCAAGACUGCUGCCACAGGUGGUCUACCACUCCUCAGCUUAUCUGGAUCUGUGCAGAGACGGUGUUAUCAACUUCGGAGAGCCCGUUGAUGUUUGCAUCCCUACCGGCAACUUCGGCAAUGCCAUGUCAGCCGUGUACGCCAAGCAAAUGGGCAUCCCGAUAAGAAAAGUCAUCUGCGCGUCCAACCACAACUGCGUCGUCUCCGACUUUAUCACCACUGGUGAGUACGACCUGCGUGGACGGCCUCUGAUGCCGUCACACUCCCCGGCUAUAGAUAUCCUGAAAUCCUCCAACCUGGAGAGGUUUAUCUACCACGUCUCGCACGGAGGCAGCCGCCUUGUCAGGGACCUGUUCACACGCUUAGACGGGCAGCAACACUUUCAGUUUCCAGAGCCUCUUCUUGGCAGGAUGCAGCAGGAGGUCCUUGCUGGAUGGUGCUCUGAGGACGACUGCUUGGCCGCCAUCCAGAGCGUUCAAGCGCAGACCGGCUACGUCAUGGACACGCACACCGGCGUGGCCAAAGUCGUGGCCGACAGGCUGCAGGACGGCUCAUGCCCCGUGGUGCUUUGUUCCACCGCUCACUACGGGAAAUUCGCUCCCGCUGUGUUCAAAGCUCUGCAAGCCCAAAAUAUUCCAGAGGAUCCUGUCGAGCAGCUGAAGAAGCUGGAAGUCGCUGCUUCCAGACCAGAAACACACAGAGAGAUGAUGAGAUGCCUGAAGGAAAGUGGCAGGAGGCGACACACUGUUUGUCCUGCAGAUUACAGUGUGUUGGUGGAGGAGGUGGAGAGCAUGAUACAAGACUCUUUCUUGAAAGUUAUGUAGAAUUAUUCACCAGAAUUUAAACCAGAAUCUUCAAAAUAUGCUGUUGAUGUGCCUUGUUUGUAUUGUGCUACCAGUUCAUGGAAUUUUUAAACAGCAAACAGAACAAAAAGAGCUAAAAUCUCACUUGAAAAAGGCUUAAAAACAUCAAAAAGAAGUACCAGCUAUAAGCAGGCAUCAGUAUAAACAUGCAUUAAUUUAAAAGGCCCAUCCCACCUGGGCCUUCAGGAGUGAGAAAAAUAAGCACAGUCAUCCUGAUAAUGCAGUGACAGAGCUUUUAACUGUUUUAUGGCAGAUUCUUUACAUCGUUAUCUGGAGUCCUGGCCCACUAGAUGGGGAUGUCUACCUCUUGACCACUGGCUGCCGUGUAGAAAACACAUGCCAGCAUUACAGUAACACUAUAGGGAUGCAUCAGGUUCAUAUCCAGUAAUCACCAGUUUCUAUAAUCCUCCUGUCAGUGUCCAUUGACUCAUUAACUAGGCAUCGUUUAGACAGAAAGUGUCUUAUAUUGCUAUAACAAAAAUACCUUUUAAGACAGUACAUUGUUAUACUGCAUUUUGGAUAUACAGCCUCUCGGAAUGAUUACAGAAACAAUUCCUGUUUUAUUUUGUUCUGCUGGGAAAUACACUAAGAAAGUGCACGUAAUGUAAAUAUAUACAUGUAAAGCUCUGUACUACAAUUAUUUAACCACCAAUUAAAGUGAAAGGAAGUAGCUCAACAGUGUAUUUUUUUUGUCACAAACAAAUGCAAUCUCAGUGGAAAGCUCAAUUUUUUAUUGUGUUACACUCUGGAUGUCAAUUUUUGAUGUCCUAUUACCUUUUUAAACAAUACAAUGCUCUUUUUUCAUGUAUAUUUUAUCUAAAAAUAUGUAUUUAGGAAGGAAUAAAUGUGAAAUUAUGUGUACAUUUAAGUCUACAGGCUUGCAAUAAUGACAUUACAGCUCAUAGUCUUGGUAUACAGGGUUGGUUAUGUGGAAAUUGGAAAUACAAUUUGAACUUUA